AUGUCACUUUUCAUCUUGACCGAAACCAGCGCGGGUUACGCCCUGCUGAAGUCCAAGGACAAGAAGCUCUUCAAGCGCGAAUCUCUCCCGGAGGAUGCCAACACUCCUGAGGGAAUCUCAAACCUCUUCAAAUUGAAGAACUUCAAGAAGUUCGACAGCGCCGCCACUGCCGUUGAGGAGGCUGCUUCCAUCAUUGAGGGAAAGGUCACUCCUCUCCUGACAGAGGUUCUUAAGGAGCUCAAGGAUGAGAAGAAGGCCUCUUUGGCCGUUGCCGACGUCAAGCUCGGAAAUGCCAUCACCAAGGUUCCCGGCCUCUCUCUCGAGCUGAUCGCCGACUCUUCCACCGCUGAUGCCUUCCGUGCCAUUCGUGAGAACCUGAUCACUCUCAUCCCCGGUCUUGCCCCCAGCGACAUGUCCGCUAUGUCUCUUGGUCUGUCCCACUCUCUCGCCCGUCACAAGCUCAAGUUCUCCCCCGACAAGAUCGACACCAUGAUCGUCCAGGCCAUUGGCCUCUUGGAUGAUCUCGACAAGGAGCUCAACACAUACGCUAUGCGCGUGAAGGAGUGGUACGGCUGGCACUUCCCCGAGCUUGCCAAGAUCCUGAACGACAACAUUGCCUACUCCAAGCUCGUUCUGAAGAUGGGUAUGCGUACCAACUGGGAGACGACCGACCUGGCCGAAAUUCUCCCCGAGGAGAUUGAGAGUGCCGUCAAGACUGCCGCUGAUCGGUCUAUGGGUACUGAGAUCAGCGAGCAGGAUCUCGAGAACAUUCAGGCUCUUGCUACUCAAGUUGUUGAGUUUGCCGAAUACCGUCAGCGCCUUGCUAGCUACCUGUCUUCUCGCAUGAACGCCAUCGCUCCUAACCUGACUGCUCUCGUCGGUGACCUUGUUGGUGCCCGUCUGAUCGCCCACGCUGGUAGCCUGACCAGCUUGUCCAAGAGCCCCGCCAGUACCAUCCAGAUUCUCGGUGCCGAGAAGGCCCUUUUCCGUGCCCUGAAGACCAAGCACGAUACCCCCAAGUACGGUCUGAUCUACCACGCGUCUCUGAUCGGUCAGGCCACCGGCCGCAACAAGGGCAAGAUGGCCCGUAUCCUCGCCGCCAAGGCUUCUCUUGGAAUCCGUGUGGACGCCCUCGCUGAGUGGGACGACGAUGUGACCGAGGAGGAGAAGGCUGCUCUCGGUACCGAGGCCCGCUUCAACAUGGAGCGCAAGCUCGCCGCCAUGGAGGGCAAGCCCAUCAAGCCCCGCGGUGUGAACAUUGCACCCAACGGUGCCGCUCAGGCUCAGAAGUUCGACCUGAAGGAGGCCCGCAAGUACAACCCCGAUGCCGAUGCCAUGGAUACCGAGGAGGUCGAGGCUCCCACAUCCGCCAAGAAGUCCAAGAAGGACAAGAAGAAGCUGGUGGAAGAUGUUGAGGAGGACGAGGAGAUGGCUGACGCCGACUCUGAUGACGAGUCCCAAGAUGGCACCGGUGACUCUGAGCUCGAGAAGCUGGCCGCCAAGGCCGGUCUCAGCGUGAAGCGGUACCAGCGCAAGCUCGAGCGCGGCGAGAUCACCUUUGACGCCGCCGGCAACCCAACGGCCGUCAGCAAGAAGGACCUGAAGAAGGCGAAGAAGGAAGCCAAGAAGGCCGAGAAGGAGGACGGCAAGAAGCGCAAGCGUGAUGAUGGUGAUGACAGCGAAAAGAAGAAGAAGAAGAAGAACAAGGGCGAGUAA